CCAGUUUCUGUUUGAAUCUGGCCUGUGUCUGACCAGUUCCUGCGUGAGACAGGGAUGAUCGGAGGGCAAGUGGGACCAGAAAGGGGAUGACAGAGGGCAGGGGAACCAGUUAUGAGAGAAGAGAGGUGAAGAAAGAUGGGAAAAGGAGACUGGGAAGAGACAGGGAGAGAAGUAGGGAGACAGAGAAAGGGUGGUAGGCUUGGAGGGAGGCAGAACACUAUGAAGAGAAGGAGGGCAGGAGGGCUGGGGAAAUGUUGGGGAAACUAGGGGAGAAGGAGACUGGGGGGAUGGAGGGAGGGAGGGGGAGAACAGUGGGCAUGAAGAGGGCAGAGAAAUCAAGGGAAAGAGUAGAGGAAAGAUCCAAAGAGAUCAGGGGGGAAAGAUGGGGAGAGAGGUGGAGAGGGACAGAGAGAUGGGGAGAGAAGGAGGAUGAAAGAGGGACAGAGCCAGGGAGAGGCAGAGAGCUGAGGAGACAGGGAAGGACGGAGAAAGAAGCAGGAAAAAGGCAAAGAAGGAAUCGGGGCACACAGGAAUUGGAACUCAUUGGGUUUCCAGAGGUUAGGGGAACCCAGAUUCCUACGUGGCCUCAGCCUUCCAGUUCUUCCUUAUUUCCCCCCCGGGGCUUUAGAGAUGAGGAGGAGACAGCAGUGGGGGGAAGGAGCUGGGGUGGGUGGUCUAGUCAGGGCCCUUCUCCCCGUCCUCCUGAGACACCCCCCACCCACCUUCCCAGGAUGCAGCAAGAGGUGGAGAUCCUGUGCUCCUCCACCGUGGGCAACCCCAGCAUGCACAGGGAGGCAGGAGCCCUCCAUGUGGACCUAGAGACCCCAGAGGAGACGCCAACCCGGAGCCUGGGCAGGCCUGUCAAAUCCUCAAAGCAGUACCUGCGCCAGGUCAUUGCAGAAUACGAGGCGCUGGACCGAGAGCUCCCGUGCAUCCGGAAGUUCCCCACACCACCCGCUGCCCAGCCUCUCUGUCUGUGCAUGGAGACCUCACCAGAGGAGGACCUUACCCACCUAGAGGUGCUGGAGGCUCUGGAGGCCGAGUUACCCGGCGCCAUGGAGAGCGGGCGCGUGAGCAGCAUCCGCUUUGAAAAUAUGAAUGUCAUCUGUGGGACUGCGGGGCGCCGGGACAGGUGGCUCAUCACGGUCACUGACUUCCAGACUCGCUCGCGUCUGCUGCGCUCCGGUAUCCGCCUCCGCGGGAACGCACACCCGCUGGUGCGCCACGACGAGCUGCUGUUGGCGGAUUACCGCCUGCACCUGCGCCGCUCCCUUGUCCGGCGGCGCAUGCUCGAGGCUCUAGGGGCGGAGCCGACCGAGGAAGACUAACAUUUAGAGGGCGGGCCCCGGCUGCGCAAGCCCACCGCCCCGCGGGCUCGGGCGACCCACCCGGAACCCCCGGA